UCUCUCCGGAAGAUAAUAGAGAAGGACCUGCUCGGUUUAUGGAGUUUCGAGGAGGAUAUUUGUUUUGAGAGUUCCUCUCGGAGGCUGUUUGAAUCAAAAUGGGAAACUUUAGAGCAUUUGGGAACACACAACUGGUCUUGCUGGUUUCCAGAUUGUUCCUGGUGUCUUGUGACAUAACGGACGGGAACACGGAGCAUCUGAAGCGGGAGCACUCGUUGAUGAAGCCGUACCAAGGUGUGGGCAACAGCCCGAGUAGUCAGUGGGACUUCUGGGGCAGCACGUUGGUGACGAGCUCGUACGUCCGACUCACUCCGGAUGAGGGAAGCAAGCAGGGAUCCAUCUGGAACACUGUGCCGUGUUACCUGAAGGACUGGGAGAUGCAUGUGCAGUUUAAAGUUCACGGGGCAGGAAAGAAGGGUCUCCAUGGCGACGGCAUUGCUCUCUGGUACACAAAGGACAAACUGCACCCAGGGCCUGUGUUUUCCAACAAUGCCCUCUUCCAGGGGCUGGCUGUGUUUAUAGAUACUUACUCUAACGACGAUGCCACGGAUCGCUCCUUCCCCUACAUUUCGGCGAUGGUGAACAACGGCUCGGUGAACUACGACCACGGCAAAGACGGCCGCUCCUCUGAGCUGGGGGGCUGCUCGGCGGAGAUCAGGAACCGGGAGCACGACACGUACCUCGCCAUUCGCUACUCCAGAGGACGACUCACCGUGAUGAUUGACGUGGAGGACAAGAACGAAUGGAAGGAGUGCAUCGACAUUGGGGGGGUCCGUCUUCCUACUGGGUAUUUCUUUGGGGCCUCAGCAGCUACGGGAGAUCUGUCUGAUAACCAUGACAUCAUCUCAAUGAAGCUCUACCAGCUGAUGGUAGAACACACUCCCGAGGAGGACAACCUGGACUGGACCAAGAUCGAGCCCAGCGUCAGCCUCCUCAAGUCCCCUAAAGACAACAUCGACGAUCCCACCGGAAACUUCCGAGGCACGGCGCUCACCGGCUGGAAGGUCUUCCUGCUCCUGCUGUGCGCUCUGCUGGGAAUCGUGGUGUGCGCCGUGGUGGGAGCCGUGGUCUUCCAGAAGAGACAGGAGAGGAACAAGAGGUUCUACUGAGGAGGGGCCGAGGCCAGAGGGGAUAACCUUGUUGUUUGUGGAAGGACCUGCUUCCAGAUGACGGCUCGUUCAAUGUGAAUUCUUUUUAAAGAUUGUACAGAUGUUUAUAUCCUUUUUGAAGCACUGCGUUGGGAGCGAGGUGAGGAGACCUGUCGGUAGGCAGCUGCAGAGAGCUGCCGACCGGCCCACAUCUCAAUCCUUCUCCGGGUUCUCGUUACCUUCAGAUGUGCUGCCGUUUACACACUAUAAACUACAACUGAUGAUAGAUGACAGAGCGUUUUCCAUCCCAAACAAGAUACCAACGUUGUCGAUGCUGACCUAGCUGCUGUUUCCACAGCAGCACCCGAUUUCAUGGAAACGGAGUACAGCGCUAUUUGCUUAUUUCUCUCUGUGUGUUUUCAUCUAAAACCUCUAGUUAGCGCUUUUGAAACGACAGAAUGAAUAGAAAUAAACUUGCUGCUCACGUUGAUGUUCUAAUGAGAACAGAAUGCUCUGGUUAUGUCGACUUUUAAAUACUAUUGAAGGUGUCUUCAUCCGAAACCACCGUGCGUACCUGCAGCUAGUUUCAGAUUGAACCGCCCCGUCCCUCGUUUCCUACACAGACCACUAGUUCUGCAACCGUUUAAUCAGUCUGGCUUCUCAAUUCAGGAUGUAAUCCAAAACAUCCAAAGAUAUAUAUACACACACAGUGUGAAAUAAUUAUCACAAUUCCACUAAUGCUUGUUUUGUAGAGAUUUUGUUGAAUCUGGGAUAAGAAAUUCUCAUUCAAUCAGCUGGAGGAUUUUUUCUUUAUGUAUGCUGAACGAUUGUAUGAUUUAUCAUUAAUUUAGUCUUGAUGUGCUUUUACAAAGUGAAACGUUCAGGGGGAAAGAGAAGGCGCUGUAUCACAGAUACCUUCCUAUUGACUGGUUCCCUCAAUGCAUUGAUCUGGAUCAGGCCCUUCUAAAAGAAGAUGCAUCUUGAAACCUGAACAACCCCAAACAUGUUACGCUUUUUGUUUUAAUCCAGAAUAUGCCUUUGUUGUUGUCCUAAGUGUGUUUAGGUUAUUAAUGGAAAUUCCAAUAUUUAACUGCUUUGUAGAAGCGGUGACUAAUGAAGCGCUGUUGGUGCUGAUGAAGCUUCAGGAAAGCCAACGAGUUAUUGCUCAGAAACAUUUACAUUUGAGUUUCUUUCACUGACCGGUUGGUUCCGACUCUUUAAUCACUCCGGAGGUGCGGCCAACUGUUUGGGCCGCAGUCACGUUUCCUGUGUCCUUCUUCCCUAUUUGUUUGUUUCCUCCGCGAUGGGACGUCAAGUAUCUCGUCUCUGCAGAAAUAAAGUGUUAAAUUACAAGAAGAAUCCCUUUGAAUGUGAAUUGUGGUGUUUAUUUAACAGGGACAAUGACACAUGUUUUGUAAACCACCUGAUCUCCUUAACUGCUUUGUGCUUUAACAUUGUGAAAUAGAUUAAUUGGUUUUUAACAGAUUAUGGAACUAUUAACUUCAAAUACAAUUCAGUGAAGAAGCAGAAGCCGCUAAAGAAUGAAAUUCAGCAUCGUGCAUUGUUGUUAUUUUGAUUGUGCGCAGUGGUAGAAAGAUAUUUAUGUGCAUAACUUUUGUUUACUUU